UGUGAUCCAUACUAUGAUCACUUUCCUUUCCGAUUUGACAGACUGUCCUCUUGGUUUUCCUUUCAUUGUUAAUAUACAUAAAAUUGCACCCACUUCCAACUUUCACCAGAACUUACGGUGCCUUGACAAAGCUCAUGUUGCUUCAUUUUAAAUGACAAUGUGAGAGAGGUAUUCAUUUAAAAUUAUGUUUAUUACUGUUAUAUCGGUUGUACAGUUGUGGUAGUAAUGUACAACUGUAUGGCAGAACAGAGAGCCGCUCCAAACCGUAAAUUGCGCGAUCAAGAUCUGUGGCGACAAACAGAAGAUUGCAUCUGUGGAAACACACUUCCUGUCUGUUUCAUCACACGUUGUUUACCAAAUCUCGCAUGAUAGCUUAGGACCAAGUCGGAGGUCGUUUGAGUCAUUUUGACAUUUAGCAGAAGCUUUGCAUGAGAAAACUGAUGUUUGGAGAGCGGCAAAAGUACCAAAUAAAGUGCUUGCUGGAAAGUGAUAUGCAACUCUCGACUGUGAAUGUGGCGAAUGCGAAUACAUGAUUGCUCCAACUUGGUGUGAAAGUGAAUCUGAGUGACGGCCACGCUUAGAAUAGCAUCUUGUUGACGUCCAGCGGGAGUGUGAGCGGACAGCUUUUAGUCUCACAAAUAGAGAGAAGAGUGCACGAGGCACACUUUAUCUUAUUUGAUUUUUUUUUUUUAACCUUGCUUGGUUGAAAUUCACAUGGAGGCGAGCGGGAGUGGCCUGCCAGCGGAAUGGGAUGAGCAGUGGCGCAGCGAGAAGGAAAGGAGGAAACGAGUACUAGGAGAAGGAAGGGAAGGCGUUGAACAGGACAAGCGUGAGCUCCGAAAAAUUGUGGCCUUCAAUGACUCGAGAUUAGGGCUGACAAGCGAGAGGGCGGAACCAUGCGGAUCCAAGCUCGAGGAGGACGGAGGGCGCGUCGAUGAUGUCCGACGCUAUCCGAGCGAAAGCUUUCCUGGUGAGAUGUUCAAGGUCCUGAAGGAGUUGCUUGAAUCGGGUCUCCUCACGGAUCUGACGUUGACCACAGAGGAUGGGAGCAGCUUCCGCGUUCACUCUUCCAUCCUUGCUGCUGUCAGCUCUUUCAUUGAGGCGAGGGUCAGGGUAGAAACUCAAACGUGCGAGGUGGCCGCCCACCAGUGGUGUCUGUUUCUAGCUCCAGAUGUGGAUCAUUGUGGGCUACAGGCAGUCGUGGAGUUUGCCUACACCGGGAAGCUUAUAGCAACGGGCGACACCCUACCCCAAAUUGAGGCAGCGGCUCGCGCGCUCGGAGUUCCGAGAUUGUUGGACCUCUGCGACCAAACCGUUGGAGCCAAGGCAGAUCUGAGAAAGGAGAAAGCGAUCUCUGCUGAAGAGGAAAUGAGACGAACCCUUCGUUCCAUCGAGCAGCUCUGGGCAGACGGUGUGGGCUGUGACGUCAUUUUGGAUGUGAACGGAGCUUUGUUCCAUGGUUUGUAUAAUCAGGCUUCUUCUGAAGUGUUGAUAUUUUGGUUGCGGCUUCCGCUCGGACUUGAACAACCUCGUCUGUCAGUCCAUAGGGUGAUCCUGGCGGCGAGCAGCGACUACUUCCGAGGCAUGUUCACCAGCGGGAUGAGGGAGUCUCGUCAAGCUCGCGUUGUCCUUCCUUUAAAAGUCAUUCCAGAGAUGGCUGCUUUGAUUGCCUUCGCCUACCGCGCGUCGCUUCCUGUCAACUGGGACUGCGUCUUUGAGCUCGCCUGCACGGCGCUCCAGUUCCAGUUCCGGUCAGCCGUCUCGCUUUGCCUCCUCUUCAUGAAACAGGAAAUGGGGGCGGGUUCCUGCCUGGACGUGGCUUCUUUUGCUGAGGCUUAUGGGAUGUCAGAGCUCCUUGAGGAAGCCAAUGAUUACGUGCUGAGAAACUUCUUGGAAGUGUCUGCGACUGAGAAGUUUCUGGACCUCCAAGCUGAGAAGCUUCUGGACUUCCUCUGCAGCGAUGGUCUCAGCGUGCCAUCUGAGCUUGUUGUGUUUCGAGCUUUAGUCUCCUGGCUGGAGGUGGAUUCUGAGGAGCGACUGGGGCAUGCCUUUAAACUGAUGAGAGGAGUUCGCUUUCCACUCAUGACCUUUCGAGAGUUCAGGGAGGUCAGGGCCAUAAACCUACGCUUAGAAACCAAAGAUGUGCAACUUCAUGGUGCUGCUUUUAAGGAGUUCGGAUCUACCCUCUCAGAGCAGGAUCACUGUCGGGUGAGGCGCCCCAAAGACUCCCUACUUCUUGUUGGUGGGGACCAGCUGGACCAGGAUGUGGGUCAACGCGUACCAAGCGGCGAAAUUUGGUUUGUAAACUCCUUACGCUCCGGCACAGGCCUGGUGAAGGACAUCGAGUGGAGGAAGCUGGCCCAGAUUCCAGAUAGGCCAAAGUUCAGACACGGCGUCGCAACCCUCGGGGGCCGGUUGUUUGUGAUCGGCGGAUGUCACUUCUAUGCCAAGGACGACGUCAUGAAAUCGACCUACAGCUAUGAACCCAAGCAAGACCUCUGGAAGAGGUGCGCCGACAUGCAGGAAUGUCGAAGUAACUUCUCAGUGGUGGUCCACCAAGGUCAGCUUUGUGCCAUCGGUGGAGAUAAGCAGCUCAACACUAAUUUAAACAGCGUGGAGAUGUACAACACGGAGGCCGAUACCUGGAGCUUCGUCCGCCCUCUGAACCAUCCACUCAGCGGCCAAGCUGCCACAGUCCUCGAUGGAAGGGUGUUUGUCUCCGGAGGUUUUGACCCCCAGUAUGUUUGCCUUGCUUCCUUGUUCGUGUAUGACCCCGAGGCAGGAAGCGUCCACAUGGCAAAAAUGACUCAAGACCGAGCCCAGCACUGCAUGGAGGCACUUCGAGGUUGCCUUUAUGUGGCCGGCGGCGUGUGCAACCUCAGGACGUAUUACACGGACCAGCUCACCUGUGAGGUUUACAAUCCCGCCGCUGAUUGUUGGACGACCCUUGCGCCCCUGCCCGUACCUCAUGUGGGCGCAGCCUCGGCCAUCUUGGAAGAGAAUAUCUAUCUCCUGGGAGGGUACUGCCAGGAAGACUACAGCGAAUCUGGACUGGUCCACAGGUUUAACCAGAUCACGCAGCGCUGGGAGAGAAUGGGAAAAGUCCCAGCAGCCGUGACUGACAUUCGAGCCUGUGUGCUACAACUACCCCAGCACUUGAGAUGGUAGCUUGAAGGACUGAAAUGUCACUUCUGGAUUGUCUUUCUUCCCACCGCACUGAUAAAACAAUUACAAAAUAAAAUCCAUUGAAGCUUGCAAAGCAGGCUCAGUGAACAGAACGAAACCACGGCGACAUAAAGAAAACACAGACUUUCAUAUGAAUAGAGGAACAAUUGACCCUGCCCCCCUCUUCCCCACGGUUGAAGCCGGAGGACAGCCAUUUUACGUUGCCAAUGGUACUGACAUGGGUUUUGCUUUCAUUUCAUUGUUGACGGUUGUGACAACAUGAUGCAGACAAAUCUUUGAGUAGCACCUGGAAGAUAUACCUUAUAAGAGAAUAUUUAUAAUAGAUUCUUAUCGAUGAAAUGUGCAUGCAGCGCCUCUCCUGGACUUAAGUGGUAUUUCUGCCAUAGAGACAAAAAAAAACCCCAAAAAACAAGUGAAAAUGCUGCGGAGAAAUCAAUGCCUUCAUUCAAGUUAGGCGCGCUUAGUCAGAGGCAAUAUCAGAUGGCCACUUUUCACUUUUCUCUACUGCGACUAAGUAGCAUUAUGAACACUUUCAUGCACCUUGUAACCAUGAUAAGCGUUCUACUGGAGUGAUCGCUGUCCCUGAAGGGCUUAAUCAUAUACUGUAUAGUAGAUUGAAGUCGGAGAACCUGCUGAACAAAGUGAACCGUCUCGGGUAACAGGACAAAGGCGCACGAGUUUUAUAUGUUUCUUCCUGUACAUUGUGUUCAUCAUUUUAUUUUAGAAAGACACAAAGAGACAAAAAGGAACUCGAUCUGCUGAUACUGGCCAGCGGUGAGACCAUAGUAUCACCAUGUGUUUUGUUAUUCUUCCUUCCACCAGGUGCACCCUGCUUCGUCAUCAUCACUCGACUCUUCCUCCUCCUCCUCCUCAUCCUGAUCCACUUCUUCCUCAUGGCUUUUCCGUAACACGGUGGCCAUCGUCUCAUCUGCCCCAACUUCUUCUCCCUUUCUGAAAGCGCCCAAUGUUUCAUUUUGCCACUUUCUGCCAUCUUGCGGUCGUCUGAAAACAUGCUCCUCGUGGCAUACACGUUUCUUGUCAUCUUCUCCCGUCCUUCCCGAGCUUCUCCGCUCCAGCUCCUUUUGACUUUUCCCAUUCUGCAGUGGACGGUCGCCUUUUCCCAGGUUCUCGUGGACAGGAAGCCGUUCAUCCUCCGUCGCCUCAACUUCCUCCCUCAUUUCUUUGUCAUCCUCAUUUUCUCCUCCUGCCUCCUUUUCCUCCUCAUUUUCAUCAACAAUCUCCCUGCUAGCUCCCAUCACUUCAUUGACUUUCACCUCCUCCUUCUCCUCCAUGUCCUCCACCUCCUUGUUUUCAGCUCCCAUCUCUUCAUCCUUCGCAGCCCGUUUCUCUUCAUCCACCCAAUUAUUGUCCACCUCGUCAUGCUUCGCUUGCACUCCAGUGUCCUCCUCGAUCACGUCCACCCUCGCCCAGCGCCUCACCCUCUGCUCCACCUCCAUUGCUCCCAAUCCGGCCGCAGCUGUGGAAUCGCCACCUCCAUGGAGCUCAGUCAGACUCCAAACAUCAACCUGUCGCAAAGUCUUCCCCAAAUUUCUACCCCGUCCCGUUCUGGUUUCAUUCGAGAGUCCACCGCCUCGCUCUCCUUGCUCUCCUCUCAAGUGCACGUCAUCGUCUCAGUGAACAAACAUGUUGCUAUAUUGAGGGCACGACUGUGCAACGGCAGCUAAUUAGAACUCCGGCUUGUCUGAGGUGCUAAUGUUACUCGUGGCACUUCACGUCGGAGCUUAUUGCACUGCAGCUUUUAUAUCCAAACUCAUUUGACCCACUUAAAGUGAGUCACUGAGACUUAGGGACAUUUGGUUCCUAACCAAAAUUCUCUCCCUUCUUGUUGGGCAUGUUGAUCCCCAACCAUAUGACUGCAGGAUCUUUAUUCAUCGUGCAGAGGGGGGGCCAAGGUGGGGUUCACAUUGCUCCUGUGCAUUCAAACACUGCGGAAUCUAGGUCAAGGAUCGAGAGGCGCGUGGAAGCCCCGCAAGGCCAGGCAACACAUUUACACCUGUUGUUGUGGUGUGUAUGCUUUAAUAGGAAGCUAACAGCUGGCUAGCUCAGGCAUUUUACGUACGGAUGCUAAUAGCUCACCAGAAGCUCGUAAAUUCAUUUUGUGCUCACGUGAAUGUGGUCCGGUCCAUUUCUUGUCAAUGAGUUGAGAGCCCAUACGACAAUCUGCUCACAGCACCUUCACGGGGCUUUAAGUUCCCGUUUGGGCUCCACAAUAACAAGAUCGCAAUACGGCAACUGUUGCUGCUGUGCACUUGGUUUGCCACUCAAAAUUCUCAGUCCGUGUAUACUGUAUGUAUUUUAUAUACGAUUGCUGCAAAGACACACGCAGCGGAGUCUGAAAUGUAACCGAGUCAAGACGGCAGGGUUUGAAGGGGUUCAUCACCGGGGAAGGUUGUUAACACCCUCGCAGCUCUGAAGGCCACAUGUUUGUCAACUAGAAGACUGGCGGCGGUUCCGAUCUGUCACUGUGACGCUCUGGAAAUAGAUUCACUGGUCACUUCAUUAGGAAUAUAGACACUGUCUAAUUUGAUCUGAUGCUCGGAUAAUUAUGUUGAUUGUUGUGAAGUCAUUACCACGUGAUGUCAAAUUUUAAAAAAGUCAUUUUAUUGAAACUCUGUGGACCCGUCGAAACACUUAAAAUGAGGAUUAAAAUCACAGUUUUCCCAACAACCGAUUUUUUUUUUCAGCAGGCGUUAUUAAAUCGUUUCAAGCUACGAGUAUACACGAUGGGAGAAAAAAAAAGUUCUAAGAUGGCGCGCAUCUCCUGCUAUUGCUUUUUAAAUCGGGUCUGGUUGCGCUUCCUGAAGAGGAUGAUGGGUGGAGCUGAGAUGGUGACAAGGACAUCAAGGGGGCGUUUCUCAGCGCGGCGCCAAGUCACACAGUCGAAACCGAGGAGUUGCAUAGUCGUCAUUGUUGGGAGUGCGCAUCUAUUUUGAAGUCAAGGUGAGGCGGCUCUGAUCAAAAUCGUCAACCGGGACACAUGAAGGUUCUGAUGUUUGACUUGGACACGCACAAAAAAAAAAAAAAAAAAAAA